CGUUUCUGUUUGGUUUCCAUAGAGACAACAGUUAUAUCAAUCUAUUAUAAAAUAUAAUUGAUCAUCAUAUUUAGUAUCCAGCUUAAUCUCAUACGGCUUUUCGUCAUAAAUACAAUUUACAUAAAUAAUAAUAUUAAAAUUAACAAUUAUUUUAAUGGCAAAUAAAAAGGAAUCGUCAAAUAAUCAAAAUUGUGAAUUCCAAAGAAAAAGUCCUUUGAAUUUCGAUGAUAAUUAUUGUCAUACAACAAAUUGGCAAAGUGAGACAAAAAAUUCUUUUCCAUUAAUAAAAAAUACUGGCGAAAAAAUUGGCAAACGAAGAGAAUUAUUGAAAAAAUAUUUUCAACUGCAAGCUGCUAAAGAAAUUCAAGAAGAGGAAUUAGCCGAUUUACCAUUACCUGAUUUAAUUUCCACGGAAUAUAUUGAAAGUUUUUGCAAUUCUGAUUUCAAGCCAUUUAUGGAAAAUGAUCAUUAUAUUGUUAAUAUACAACUGAAAUAUCCAUUAUACGGAGGCGUUGCAAAUUCAUUAUAUAAGGAACAAAUGGAAAAGGGUUAUUUAAAACUGCAUUCAACAAUUUGUAACUACAAUCAACCAUUUCGAAAAUCAAAUUUUUUUACAAUGCCACCGGAACUUUCGCUACGAGAAGUCGAUUCGUAAUUUUUUUUGUUUUCUUUUUUUUUGUCAUAUUCUUAAUUUAAAAAAGAAAAUAGAUUUUUCAAAUUUAGGAAGAUUUUAUGCACAAAGAAAUAUUUAUAUAUACACAUAUGCACAUAAGAAUAAAUAUGUACAGAUGAAGUAAGAAAAAAAAAAUAAUUAUGAUUAUACAAAUCACAAAGCAGCAAAAUUGAAUGAUAUAUAAUUUUGUUUUAAACUAAUAUAGCUUUCGUUAAUAAGGUAAAUUAGUUACCUAAAU